AUGUUGAUGCGCCACUUGCCUCUGCCAUUGCCUAUGGACACAAACUCAAGCGACGAAAGAAAUAUUUUGUCUGGAGGAACUACAAUGCCAGUUCCUUACCAUUUGGAUGAAUCGGAUAGCGACUCGAUUGUAAGCUCAAUUUUUUCUUUUAUAUUUUUUGGAGCUUUUUUCAUUCGAUCAGUAUUGAGUGACAUUUGCAAACUUUCAAUUUAUAUUCAAAAUAUUACGCUCUCAUGGACGUGACUGUAUUAAUUUUUUCCCCGAUCAAGUUAUGUAUUUGCAAUGCUCAACCAAUUUAGGGGAAAAUCCUUCAUUUAAGGCAGCAUGACUCAAAAUCAUAAAACAUUGCUCAAUCGUGGAUCGAUUUAAGUCAUCCUUCUAUUGUUAGUGCUCCUACUGCUGCAACGAACUCGAAGGACAACUGACUCGACAAAAAUCGCUCUAUAUAAAUAAUCACGUGGCUUUGUUUUGCCUUAAUGCUGCCAUUCGACAAUUUUAGUUAAAAGUAAAACAUUCACCGAAUGUUUUUAAAAUUUCGUUUACAUAUAAUAACAGGUUUCAAGCGAAGAUGCGACAAGUUACACGGAGCUUAUGAAUGGUCCAAUGACUAACAGUGGGGCAAAAGAAGAAGUCAAAUUAGGACUCAGAAAAGCAAUCAAGACUCGGCGAGUAGCGCAGGGCUUAGAAGGGCUGCCUGUCAUUGAAGAAAAAAGACCGAAAAUCGAGACGGUAAGUCGCUGUGUAUUUUGGCAGAGUUACAAGAUUUUUUAUUUCGAUUCAAAUUUAACGUUGUUAUGUUUUGCGGUUUGUGAAACAAUUGAUAUGCUAAUGUGUUGAGAUGUUGUUCAAGUCACGUAUAUGGAUGAUUUCAUCUUCAUUGUUUUUAUUUUCACAUGUAGCUUUCUUUUGAAGAAGAAGAGAGGAGGCGAAUUAGACGGGAAAGGAACAAGGUAGCGGCUUUUAAAUGCAGGCAGCGAAGGAAAGAACACAUGCAGAAACUACAAGACGUGAGUGUUUUAAAUUGAAAAUUAUUUUAAUAUUCCGACAUCAUAUUCAAGUUAUUGUCACGCGUAUUUUUAACCGGAUACGUAAAGUCACACACAUGACUCGCGACAUUCUUGAUAUAAUCCUCCAUCCUUCCGAUUCCGUUUUAGUUCCGAACGGAUACUUUUUCAAUUGGCACGUCCCUACUCGGUCUUUGAACUUGAACCCCAAUUUGGUCAUACCAGCAAACAUUGGCGUAACACCUACGCUAUCGAUGUACAUUCGGAUGGGCGCGGUCGUUUAGAUACGUUUCAAGCCCACACUUUUUGUCGAGUAUUGUUUAGAAAGGAAAUUGAACCAUCUUGUUAAUAGUUGGAGUCAUCAUUUUAGUCUUAAAAGAUAGUAAGCGCAUAUCUUGUUUCUUGUUUUAUUAGCUAGGGUAGGUAUUGCCUUUACAAUAAAUAUCACACACUCUUUCUCGCUGUUUCCGAAUUAAAACUGAGUAAAAGAAGUCCGAAAGUAAAGUAGAAUGUAUGAAAAAGGUUUUUUUCAAAAAGAUCCUUUCUCUCUGAAAGUUAAAAUAAUUCGUGUUAACAUGAAAACACGUUACCAAAUCAUACAAAUGUAUUCUGUAAAAAACUUUUUCUCUAACGUUGAGGCCCAGUUGACUGGUCUUGACUCAUUGUGACGGAGAUUUUGGGAAACAUAGUAGUAAGAAGGUACACAAGCCGAACCUAAGAGCUUAAAAGCAUUUUAAAUUUAUAGUCAAGCUAUAAAAAUGUAGACAUGUAUAAAGUAAAUCGGUUUAGCUUCUUUUCGAAAAGUUGAUUAACUCGAACCCUGUCCCCAUUGAAAAAGGUUUGUGCAACUUGCCGCCGAAUCUUUGGUCUGAAAUAAUUAUGUUGAGUUUAUACAUUAACCUGCAUUGCACUUUCUUUUCAUCUCCAGGAAAGUGAUGAGUUAGACAAUGAAAACAGUGCUCUAGAAACAGAGCUGGCAGCACUUAAAGCUCAGAGAGAUCAACUAGAAAGCAUGCUAAGGAAGCAUAAAUGCCUAGUCAACUCUUCGUCAAAUGAAUCUGCCUCGUUGGAACAGCUAACUGAUGUUAAGUCACCCCAUGCGUGCUCAACAGAAGUGAAGCCAACAACCCCCACAAGUUCGGCUGCGGAUUCUGUGAAAGCUUAA